AUGGCCGACGCAGCGACUGCCCCUGGGGGCAGUUCCGGAGGCGGAGCCGCUGGCGAGGCGCAGGCGCCUCAGCAGAGCUUCCUCGGGCGCAUUGGCAACAUGAUGAUGCAAAUCAUGCUCUUCCAAGCAGUCAUGCAGCUGGUCUCGAACUUCACUGGAAACCGCCAAGGCCUGGCUCCUCCCGGCGCACCCACGGGGCCGGACGGAGGCGCAGAGCCCGGCGGCAUGCCGCCCACGUGGGCGGCCCUGCCCGGGAACGUUGUGCUCCACAACUAUUUCCCCCCUUCAACUUCGUUUGACGUCUACAUGCAUCUCACCUACAUAACCGUCCCUCUGCCGCCUCAAGCUUCGGACGUGGCCGCGCCCGACGCACCGACGGGUGUCUCCUCGCUUCUCUCGAGUCUCUCUUCUUCGUUGAAGCAAUUCGCGCCGCCCACAGGUGCAGCAACAACCAGCGGAAGCCGAAACUCCUUCCCCAUCCGAGUGCCCUUGUCGCUCUUGCUGGACCGCGCAAGCAAGACCAAGCGACGCAAAGAGACAGCGGGCGAGGCGAAGGAGACAGCGGGCGAGGACAACGGUCCUGCGAGGAAUGAAGACAUCUUGAUCGCCGUCGAUCGCGGCCUCCUCUUUGGCCUGCCGCGCGAAGCGGGAGAGACUGAACUCGUCCGGGUCUCCGCGAACGUCGUCGAAGCCUGGAAGGUUUUCAAUUCGACGUACACGUACGACAGAUGGAGCUCGAGUCCAGAGACAAACGUCACCUUCACCGCUCCUGUGGACUUCCUCUCGCAGCCCGUGGUUCCCGCGCCGCAGCCCGCGGGCGACACCGCGGUUUCGGGUGCGGAGAAGCAGGCUAGAGGACAGGAACCCAAGACUGGAGCCGAGAUGAAAGACGCCCCCCGAGAGCAAACUGCGCUGUGCUUGAUCACCACCAUUGUGCCUCACUGGGCGUACAAGGCCAAGGGCAAGUUGCCGGAGAUCUGGACGGCGGAAACGGUGCCGGAGAUCGAAGAGGCCCAGACGCUGCAGAGAGUGACGUCUCUGAUGCACGCGAUGCCGAUGGUCACCAAUAAGGACGAGGAAGAACAUUCGUUGCUUCUGGGGGGUGAAGUGGAAGAGCGGAAGAAGAAGGACAACGAGGAGUCGGAGCCGGUCGUCUGGCACAUGAAGAGCCGCAUGGAUGUCUUGCUGGUGUUCGAUUCUUCCCAGCACUCGCCUCAAAAUCUACGCGUCGGGCCAAUGCAAAACAUCGCCGUUCGCCCAGCCGACGCCGCCUACGAGCCGGUCGUCUUUCACUCCGACUUCUGGCUGCUUGAACGUAACUUUGUUCCUCUCAACGCAACGCUCGCUGAGCAUCCGCUAAAUCUCACCCUGAGCUUCGGCGUCGGAUCCGUCCACGGAUGGCUCGUACAAGAGCAGCUGGGUGCCGCGUUCGAGCAUCAACAGCGCAUGGGUCUGCAGUCGAACCGGGAGGCGAUGAUGUUCAAGAGGAUUAUCAUUGAAACCAAUCCGUUCAUGCUCGCGUUCUCGACUGCCUUCAUUCUUCUUCACUCUGUCUUCUCGUUCUUUGCCUUCAAAAACGAUAUGCAGUUCUGGUACAAGAACGACUCCAUGGAAGGCCUCUCUGCGCUCUCUCUCAUCUUCAACUUUGUCUGCGAGGUGAUCAUCGGCCUGUAUCUCUUUGACAGCGGCGAGACUUCGUGGCUGAUUCUCUUCGAGAUCUGCCUGGGCAUCUUGCUGUCGGCGUGGAAAGUGACGAAGGCGGUGAAGCUCUCGCUCCGGCCUGCUUUCCCCUACAUCCACUUGGACUUCAUGAAGAGCUACACAGAGUCCCAUACACAGGAAUUUGACUCCAUUGCGAUUCGGUGGAUGUCGAUCAUCCUCGCCCCCUGCGUCGCAGGGUACGCCAUCUACGCCCUCCUGAACAACAAAUACCGGUCGUGGUUCUCGUAUAUCAUAUCCGUCCUUGCUGGUUCCGUCUACACUUUCGGCUUCAUCACAAUGACUCCGCAGUUGUAUAUCAAUUACAAGCUGAAGUCUGUGGACCAUCUGCCGUGGCGAGCUUUGGUGUACAGGUCCUUGAACACCUUUGUCGAUGAUGUUGCUUCCUUCCUCAUCGACAUGCCGUGGAUGCAUCGCCUGUCGUGCUUCCGCGAUGACAUCAUAUUCAUUUGUUACCUAUACCAGAGAUGGAUUUACAAAGUUGACACGAGUCGCACCCCGGGGGCCGCGCCUGCUGCCCAGCCCGCCGAGCUUCAACAGAUGCACCGGGACGAAGAUCUUCAGCCGAGUGGCUCUGAAACGAACGCCGAAGAGACCGCUGGUGGAAAGGAGGGCAAUCAAGGCCCAACGAGUCCCCGCGAAUCGUCUUCUUCAUUUGCUGGUGCUUCGCGUCCAUCCGACAACACUACGGAUGCCGCAUGCAAACGCAUCAAUCGAACACAUGAGGCGAGAACAGACGCAAUGUGA